GCAGUCAUUUAGAUACAUUGUUUGAUAAGUGUCGCACGUUAGGUAAAAAUCAACAAUGAAGGCAGUGGUAUUUGAUGGAAAGAACCUGACACUAAAGUAUGAUGAAAACUACCCGAUGCCUGUUAUCGUGGACGCCACAGAUGUGAUCGUGAAGGUCGAAUAUUCUGGAGUAUGUGGAACUGACUUACACAUCAUACAGGGUGAAUUCCCAGCAUCAAAAGAACGUCCUCUGCCUCUUGGUCACGAGUUCAGCGGCGUGGUUCACGAAGUGGGUAAAAAGUCCAUGUUCAAAGUAGGCCAGAAAGUUGUCGUUGAUCCCAACCGAGCUUGCAAUCUCUGCAAAUUUUGUCGCGACGGUAGUUACCAGUACUGUCUCACCGCUGGAAUAAACAGUACCAUCGGUAUAUUCAGAGAUGGUGGUUGGGCACAGUACGUGAAGUGCCCUCAGGAUCAAGUCUACGCAUUACCUGAUGGAAUUACAACCGAGCAAGCUGGUCUCUGCGAGCCUUACUCUUGCGUUUCACACGGUGUCGACCGCGCCGCCCCGAUCCCCAUCGGGUCUAAGAUUCUCAUCGUCGGAGCUGGAAUAAUUGGUAAUCUCUGGGUGACGAUUCUUCAUCUUCAAGGUCAUAGGGAUGUGACGGUAUCCGAAGUGAAUAAAUCGAGGCUGGAGAUCGUCAAGGGAUUAGACACUGGCUUCAGGCUGAUAGCACCAGAUGUGUUGGCAUCAGAAAAACAAUUGUACGACGUCAUUAUUGAUUGCACAGGCGUCGGAAAAGUGAUGGAGAUAAGUUCCAAAUAUUUGAACUAUGGUGGUAAAUACAUUCUCUUUGGUUGCUGUCCUCCCACUCACCAUGCCUCAAUUAACCCAUUCGAUAUCUACAACAAGGAGCUGACUGUCAUCGGAGUCAAGAUCAACCCCUUCAGUUUCCCCAAAGCCAUCGGUCUCCUGAAAGCUAUGGGUGACAGAUAUCUAGACUACGAGAAAUUGGGUGUCAAAACCUACCCGCUGUCGGGCUACCAAGAUUUGUUGAAGGAUUUGAAAGCUGGAAAUAUUUCAAAAGCCAUUUUCAAGAUUGAAUAAUCGUUGUAUUAAAUAAUGUUUUCCUAUUAUUAAAAUAUGUUUUCAA